AUGUUUUUCAACAUCUCAAGAACAGAACUAUCCAAUCCCAAAGCUCCAGCUUCUUUGGAACGAUUGCAAUCCAAUUUUGACAGCAUUUUCAGCCUGUACGAGUCAAAGAUAGAUUCCAAAUUGAUGUCCAAAUUUUCAUUGGGUUUCCAAGAAGACACGCUUACCGAUCUGCUGAUGAACAUCAUUCAUAUUUCGUCAAACGACGCCGGCGUCCCUGCCCUGCAAAGGUCGGCUUCAAAGAAUUACAUUCCUCUUGGUAUGAAAUUCCGAUUUUCAUCCUUAGGCUACCAACUACUUGAUAUCAAUUAUGAAGUUUCUUACCCCCUGUCCAUUGUCCUGUCAAAGAAAUCAAUGACAAAAUAUCAACUUCUUUUUAGGCAACUCUUGCAAUUUCACGUGAUUUCGUCUCAGCUCAGCCACUGUUUCAACUUUGAAUCGAUAUGCGGAUUCAGGUCUUUGGAUAUCAAAUAUCCCUCCAUCAAGACAUCAAUGAUACAAAUGCACCUGCUAAAGUCGAAAAUGAUUUUCUUUAUCAAUUCGUUCUUAUCUUAUGGUCAAUUUGAGGUCAUCGAUUAUCAUUGGAAUGAUUUUGUGUACGUGUUUUCGGUUGAACGCACAUCAGAUUCGCCAUUAUUGGAAUUUGUGAUGAAUUCUCAUUCAAAAUUCCUAGAUGGUUGUUUAAAGGAUCUGUUUUUGACCAAUUGGCAGCUUUAUAGAAUCAUUUCAAAGAUCCUUUCAAAUUGCAUGCUGUUCAUCACAACAUGCAACAAGAUCUCCAAGGAUCUCGGAAACAUUUCCUGCGAAUCCUUGGAAAAUGAGGAUGAAAUUCAUGCCCGCGUAAACUCCCUAAUGGCGAAGCAAUAUGCUAAAAUUGACACGAACUUUAUGUUUCACGUGCAUCUUCUUAUAAAAUCCCUUAGGUUUUGUUCUACCACAGACUAUGACCAUAGAAUUGGUAACCUGCUCGCAUUUAAUUACUUUUCAUAG